AAAAAAGAAAAAACAAUGGUCAUCUUCCUCAGUUUUGCAGUUGCACUUGCACCUUCUGUUGCGUCAUCGACCUAAUCAACGACCAUAAAAAACCACCUUUUCUGAAACUUUCUCCUAAUUGCCCUUUCAAUCUCUUUCAAUUUCCACAUUCAGUUUUCCCUUUCAAACUCUCUUUCAUUUUUCAUGUCUGCACCACAACCAACUUCUACCCUCUUUUUACGUUUUGUCUAAAAAUCUCUCUUUGACUACUAAUUCUUCCAAUUCAUCACAAAAUCUCAGUGGGGUUCAACUCAAUCUUCGCAUUGGGUUGUUCCCUUCUAUUUGAUCGCACUAUUAUGCCUGUGCCACCAAAUGCUAUGCAGUUGCGCUCUUCAACCACCACCACCACCACCACCUAUCCAUAAACCUCUUCAAUCAAAAGUGGGUAUUCUUCUUCACAUCAAAAAGACAUGAUCUUUAGUAAAAUCACUGCAAUUUUAUCCACUUUGUUGCAUACCCAAAAUUCCUCUCCUUCUGCAUACCCACUCUCUCUGCCUUUUGCAGCCACCAAAAAUAACAACCUGCGAGUCUCUUCCUCUCUUCAGGACUUCUCCUCGUACCCCCAAUUUGGUCCUGAACGUGGCCAUGUUGCUGAUGAUGUCACCGGUGUUGUUCUUCCAACCCAUUUGAAGCAACCACUUCAUAAGGUGAAGCCUGUUCAAAGUGUUGCCAACUGUUCUCGCAAGAAAUGGGUCAGUGCCAUCAAGCUUGCAAUUUUUCUUACGCUGUUCCUUUUUAUAGUUUACAUGGUUUUGGUGAUUGCUUAUUCCUAUUGGAGUCAAGGGUCUGGGAAGUAUUUUGUUGUGAUUGAUUGUGGUAGCACCGGGAAUAGGAUUUAUGUUUAUCAUGCUUCCAUUCAGCACAAGAAAUAUAAUAGUCUUCCAAUAGUUAUCAAGUCACUGAGGAGUGGUUUGCAGAAAAAGCCACUUUCUCAGAGUGGUCGUGCGUAUGAUAGAAUGGAAACUGAGCCUGGCCUUGAUAAGUUGGUGAAUAAUGUUACUGGUUUGAAGGGUGCAUUGAAACCAUUAAUUCGCUGGGCGCAGAAGCAGAUACCGGCACAUGCUCAUAGGGGUACUUCGGUUUUCCUUUAUGCUACCGCAGGUGUCCGGAGACUCCCCAGCGCUGACUCGAAGUGGCUGCUAGAUAAUGCCUGGUCUGUGUUAAAGCAAUCUCCUUUCUUGUGUAAGAAGGAUUGGGUUAAGACUAUAUCUGGUACUGAGGAGGCUUAUUUUGGAUGGAUAUCACUUAAUUAUUAUAGUGGCAUCUUGGGUGUUAGACCUAGGAAGGCAACUUAUGGUGCGCUUGAUUUGGGUGGCUCAUCAUUGCAAGUAACAUUUGAGAGUGAUCAGCAGCUGAAUAAUGAGACUAGUUUGUAUGUUCGGAUGGGAUCAGUGAGCCAUCAUCUCACUGCUUACUCUCUCCCAGGGUAUGGUCUUAAUGAGGCAUUUGGUAAAUCUGUGGCGCAUCUCUUUAAGAGAGAGUUCGGAUCAUCUGCCAAUGCCGGCAUAGCUAAUGAAAAGAGAGAGCUCAAACAUCCUUGCUUGCAAGCUGGGUACAAGGAACAAUAUUUUUGCCCUCGUUGUUCUUUCGGUAACAAAGGAGGUGGAAAUCCUGUUGGUAAUCAGAAACAAUUGGGUAAGAUAGGAGCAUCAGGAACUUCAGUAGUGCUUGUUGGUGCUCCGAAUUGGCAAGAAUGUAAUGCACUUGCAAAAAUUGCCGUCAAUUUGGCCGAAUGGUCCAAUAUCGGUGCAGCACUUGAUUGUGGAGUACAACCUUGUGCUUUGCGCAAGAAUCUCCCACGCCCAUAUGGCCACUUUUAUGUGAUUUCUGGAUUUUAUGUGGUGUAUAGAUUUUUCAACUUGAGUUCUGAGGCCACACUUGAUGAUGUAGUUGAAAAAGGCAGGACUUUUUGUGGGAAGAAAUGGGAUGUUGCAAAGAAAAGUGUUGCCCCUCAACCCUUUAUCGAGCAAUACUGCUUUAGAGCGCCAUACAUUGCAUCACUGCUGAGAGAAGGUUUGCACAUUACUGAUGACCAAAUAUCUGUUGGCUCUGGAAGUAUCACUUGGACUCUUGGUGUUGCCUUGUUGGAAGCAGGGAAAGCAUAUUCCACCGGAUUUGGGUUUCGUGGUUUGGAAUUGCUUCCAAUGAAGAUAAAUCCCCUUGUUCUUUUUCUCAUUUUGUUGCUUUCCUUGAUUAUCCUACUCUGUGCUUUAUCAUGUGUUGGCAAUUCGAUACCAAGGUUCUUCCGGAGGAAAUAUCUUCCCAUUUUCAGACAUAGCAAUGUUUCCAGUGCUUCUGUUUUGAAUAUCCCAUCUCCUUUUCAGUUCCAGCGAUGGAGUCCAAUCAACUCUGGGGAUGGAAGAAUAAAGAUGCCACUCAGCCCAACCGUCGCAUGCUCACAAGGUAGCCCUUUUGCCCUUGGUAGUGGUCUUGGUGAUGACGGUGGUGGCAUCCAGCUUAUGGAAUCUUCCUUGUACCCCUCAGCCAGUAGCUUUUCGCAUAGUUUUUCAUCGACAAGUUUAGGGCAGAUGCAGUUUGACAGCAAUACUAUGGGCGCAUUCUGGUCUCCCCACAGAACUCAGAUGCGGCUGCAGAGUAGGAGGUCACAAUCUCGCGAAGACCUGGAUUCCUCGGUGGCUGAGGCACAUCUCGUGAAGGUUUAGGGAAUCAUUUUCUGUAGACAUUAACAUUGAUUGAUUUUUGUCUUGCAGAAAAGUGGAGCUAAAGAUGCAGCAGCAGCCAGAAGAACUGAUUCCAAAUGAGAAAUUGAAUUGAUCAUGCCAAGUAAGCAAUUGCGGAAAUUUACACUUGACAUGGUCAAUUCGGAUUUUCCAGAUUAUAAAGGAUCCAUUUCCAUUAAGCACUCGAACCGGGGAACGAUUUAUAGCUGCUUGAUAUCUCCAUUUCUGCCUCAGCAUUGUAGCUUUUGUGGUGCUACUCAAGCAUCAAUGGCUAACAUAGUUCACUAGAUCCAUUAAUUCAUGGCUGUUUUCUGUAGUUAAUACCAUUCUUUAGACUAAUUAGGUGCCAUUACUAUAGAGAUUAGAGAAUCUCCCCUUGUUUCAUAGAUGAGUAUUGACUUGGAAAGAUGAACCACAGAGAGGAGUUAUAAGUACACAAACAUGUUACACAUCAAACAAGCCAUUGGAUAUGAUUUCAAUUACACCAUACAACAUUAGUGCUGUGUAUAAGGACAGUGUUUUUGGUCUAAAUGGAGCCAAUUAUUGGUGAAUGAACAUGGCGUGGAAGAGUGGAUUUGCUUCUGGUUUUGGCAAUUAUAGAUCAAGACAACAAAAUAAUAAAACUUCCAAGACAACAAAACGGGUCAUUAUUGAA